GAGCUCAUAAUUAGGUGCAUCAUCAAAAUGGUAUGAAUGGACGCAAUGCUGCAAUGUUUUGAAUGAGUACGUACAUGGAUGAACAGUUGAGACACGUUUAUUUGGUGGUGGAAAAACGUGCUUGGCAGCGCAUGUUCUACGGUUCAAAUUUAAAGUAGUCGUUACUCCCAAAAUUUAUUUAAAGGAAACACGAGCUCUUAUUGAAAGCCCCUCUCAGCACUGACAACUACUACUAUAUGCAGUGCACCCCCUCACUAUCACUUUGAUACUUACACAAAUGCCAUAGAUCCAACAAAAUCCAGUGUUUGGAUAGUGUUCUGUUUGGAAGAGGAAAAGAUGGCAUCAUCUCUAGCUCCAUCAAUAUGGCUUCUCCAUCGUCUCUCUAUCGUCCUCUCAAUCAAAAAUGUACCGAGCAUGCAGCUCCAUGAUCAAAAGCUGCUCCUCUGGCGUGAUAUUUCCCCUCCUAACGUCCGGCCGGAGGUAAUUCAGCCACCGUAGACGGCAGCUUUUUCCAGUGCGUU